UAUCUAAUCUUUGAAGUUCCAGCAAGCUUUAUUUGUUUUGCCCUCUUUCAGCUAUACGGCGGUUGAGGCUGGACCAAAUUGCAAACAGAUAUCUGGAGACGACGUAAAGGUAACGCCUACACAAACCCAGGAAGGGAUCUUAAUGGUGUUUCACCAGAGCUGCAGGAAGACACAACUACAGAAGACAUGACGACGUCUCCUCUCCCGGUUCUGGACGGGGACUCUUGUCCAAAAGUGCAGAUGGAGAAAAGAGUGAAAAACGUUUUUGUUACUCAGCCGGAGGACAGCAGAGACAGGAAAAAAGCGGUGUUCUGCGUACCCGCGACAAAGGAGACUCCAAGCAAAAUCUUAGAGGUGGGAGUGAAAACGCUGAAAAAGACGCUGAUUGCACGAAAACAGGCCGAGCUGCAUGAAGUGGACGUUCAGCUCGCGCUCAAGACUCAGGAUUUCAGGAGCUGCAUGGAGGCUCUUGCUCUUAGAAGGUCUGAGCUGGAAACUGAACAACGGCAAGCUAAAGAGAAGAUGAUGAAAUUCGAGAAGUUUGUGGCUGAAAACGAGGUGAAGCGAAGGAGAGCGCUGAAGCACUGCGAAGCCGCUCUGGAGCAGAACAUCCUGAAACAGAGAGAGAUCGAGGAUUUGACGGAACAGCUGACAAAACUAGAAGCCAGGCGGCAGGUUUUAAAGCAGAGAACAGAAAAAUACAAAAUCUACGAAGACUAUUUGAUGAAAACUCUAGAUCUUCUCCCCACAAUUUACCGUUACAACAGCUACGAGUCUUUGGUCAUGCCCAUCAUUCGACGCCACCAGACGCUGUCCAUCACCCACCAGGAACUGCUGCAACGUCUGAGGCGUAUGGAGGCGGAGGUGGAGCAGGGUCAGCGGCAGCUGCGAAACCUGAAGCGGCAGCACAACAUACGCAAGCUGAUGUCCACCAAAGAACUGUCUGAACUGCAGAGCGAGUUAGAAAGCCUCAAAGAGAAGAACAAGCAGGCUGAGGUGAACUUGCUGAUGAACCAAGGUGCAUCCAGAGAGAAGGUUGAAGAAGUUGGAAAAUUACUCAUGGCCGUCAACAAUCUUGCUCAACAGUGUUACCUUUCGCAGUACGGGCCGCUGAAAAGCAUGAGUGUGCUGACUAUGAUGGACAUGGUGAAGGAGUUCAUUCUGGAUAAGGCGGACACCGAGAGGAGAGUGAGGAGGCUGGAGUCGUGCUCUACGGCAGCUCUGAUGGACAAAAGGUGGAGAGAGUCGCUGAAAAGCAUCGGGAGCAAAACUCAAAUCAAAAGUUCGAGUAAAGUUAGUAAAACAAGUGAGACAUUCAGCUGAUGCUGUUAUUUUUUUGUUUGUUUUUGGAGUACAUUUGGACGCUCUUAACAAAAGCAUUUGUACUUUUUUGGAAGGUUUCAUCAAACUGUAUCUCUGCUAAGCGCAUGUAAGUCGGUUUUAUUAGACUGUAUUUUGUUUCUUCUGAGUUUUAAACAUCGUUGCACCAAGUUUUCCACUCAACUGUGUCUGUGCCCUGGGGAUGUAACCAUUGUUUAGUUUUAAAAUGAAAUGUUUAGAUUCAAAUAAUGCAUUUGAGCAUGAAAUGAUGCACCUAGUCAACAAACACGCAUUGCAGUCUUGUUGAAUAUUUAGAAACGUGACUACAAGCACUUUCAGUGAGAUAGAGG